AGCGGGCAGCCCGAGCCUCCCUGCCCGGCCGCUGCGGGGAAGGCCGGAGAGCCGGCGGGGCCCGGACCCGCCAUCCCGGGCGGUGGCGGGAGCUCGGGGCAGGCUGCGGCCUGUCCCGCCGCCGCGGCACCGGUGAGUCCCGGCGGAGGCCGGAGAGCUCCGGCAGGUGCCUGCGUGCCGUGGCGCGGGCGAGGCGGCGCGACCCGAGUCCGUCGUGGGGACGGCCGGCACCGCGGGCCGGAAGGGGCCUGGGCCCGGCGGCGGCUGGCGUGGGGAUGGCUACGGUUAGGGCUCCGGCUGACUCACUGCCCUGGCACUUCCUCCCCGGCGGCGGCGGGAAGGGGCGGGGGGGGGAAGGCAGAGGAGGUCCCCCCGAAACCGGGGAGGCGGAAGGGCCCGGCCCCUUCCUAGCACCACCUCCGGGAAGGAUGGGUUGAACUCCAGCGGGGACGGAAAAGGCGGCUGCAGCGGGGAGAUCCAGCCGGUGGGACCCGCUCAGCAAAGCCCCCGGCCCGCGGGGCUCCGUCCCGGCGUUGGGUACCGUCGCCCACCGGGAUGACUCCCCAUCGGCCGGCGGGGCCCGGCUCACCGCCCCGGCGCGGGGCUCUCUUGCAGAACGUGUUGGCCAAGGCGCUGUACGACAACGUGGCCGAGUCCCCGGACGAGCUCUCCUUCCGCAAGGGCGACAUCAUGACGGUGCUGGAGCGCAACACGCAGGGGCUGGACGGCUGGUGGCUCUGCUCGCUCCACGGCCGUCAGGGCAUCGUCCCCGGGAACCGCCUCAAGAUCCUGGUGGGGAUGUACGACAAGAAGCAGCAGCAGCAGCAACAAGCUUCCAGCUCGGCGCAGGGGCAGGCUCCGCCGCAGCCGUCGGUGCCGCAGCCGGCUUUGCCUUACCAUCACCAAGGGGGCUACGCCCCGCUGUCACCCGCCUCGCAGUACACACCCAUGCACCCUGCUUAUGCCCCCCAAGGGGACAACGUCUACCUGAUGCCGGUCCCCAGCAAGGGACAGCAGGGUCUCUACCCGGGCUCGGCACCCACCGGACAGUUUCCGCCUGCCCCAGCCAAGCAGCCACCCAUCUACCCGAAGCAGACGCCUCCCCACGCCUUCCCCAGCCCCGGCCAGGAGAUCUAUCAGGUGCCACCAUCCCUGGGCCAAGCGGCCGAGGCGUACCCCGGGGGCUCUGCCAGCCCCCCCCAGGACGUCUACCAGGUUCCUCCCUCGGCCGGUCAGGCUCAAGACAUUUACCAGGUGCCCCCGUCGCUGGACAUGAGGAGCUGGGAAGGACACAAGCCCCAGGGAAAGGUGCUGGUGCCUACCCGCGUGGGGCAAGUGUAUGUCUACGACUCCCCCAAGGGCGAGCAGGAUGAAUAUGAUUUCCCUCGCCACCUCCUCUCCGCGGGCUCCCAGGAGAUCUACGACGUGCCGCCUGUCCGAGGGGGGGUCCCGAGCCAGUUCAGCCAGGAGGUCUAUGACACCCCCCCCAUGGCAGUGAAGGGUCCCAACGGGCAGGACCCGGGGCAUGAGAUCUACGACGUGCCCCCCAGCGUGGAGAAGAACCUGCACCAAACCGUGUACGACAUCCCUCCCUCGGUGAGCAAGGACGUGCCGGACGGCCCAGCGCGGGAGGAGACCUACGAUGUGCCGCCCGCCUUUGCCAAGCAGAAAGCCUUCGACCCCUCCCGCCUUGUCCCGGCCCAGCAGGAGCCCUACUUGCCAGAGGAUGUCUACGACGUGCCGCCGGCGGCUGGGAAAGGUGCCCCCGAGCUGCCACUCUCCCACGAGAUCUACGACGUGCCCCCCAGCCUCAAGAAGCUGGGGGGGUCGGCCUUCCCCUCCCAGGAGGUGUACGACGUGCCCCGGGACCUGCACGCCCCAGGCAAGGGCUCCCUGGACACGGAGGGCGAGUACAUCUACGAUGUCCCGCCGCAAGUGGACCGUGAGACCAAGGGCGCCGACGCCAAGCGCCUCUCGGCCUCCAGCACAGGCAGCACCCGCAGCAACAUCUCCACGUCCUCGCUGGACACGGUGCCCGUGAAGGAGCCGGCUAAGGGAGCCGGCAAGGAGUUCUCCCUGGACUUGGACGCCGCCAUGGAGACGCUGGCCAAGCUCCAGCAUGGCGUUGGCGGCGCCGUCUCCUACCUCAUGUCCUUCAUCAGUGCCAACUGGCGCAGUCCCGAGCACAUGGAGGCCAAUGCCGCCAGCAUCCGCGGAGCAGCCGAGGGCGUCCGGACGGCCCUCCGGGACCUGCUGGAGUUUGCCCGGGGGGCGGUGGGCAACGCCGCCCAGGCCUCCGACCGUUCCCUCUACGCCAAGCUCAGCAAGCAGCUGCAGAAGAUGGAGGAGGUCUACCAGGCCCUGGCGCGGCACAGCCAAGCGCUGGAUGCUUGCCACUGGGCCCCGAGCGCCCUGGCCGGCGGCAAACCGGGCACGGAUGACUUGGAGCACUUUGUCAUGCACUCGCGCGGUGUGCCCGAUGAUACCAAGCAGUUGGCCUCCUUCCUGCAUGGGAACGCCUCCCUCCUCUUCAAACGGACAAAGCCGGCGGCGGAGAGCGGUGGCCACGGGCCCCCUCACCCCUCCGACAAGGCCAGCAGCAUCCAGUCGCGGCCCCUGCCCUCCCCACCCAAGCUGCUGGCUCAGGAGUCGCCCGACGGGCCCUAUGAGAACAGCGAGAGCGGCUGGAUGGAGGACUACGACUACGUCCAUCUCCAGGGCAAGGAGGAGUUUGAGAAGACCCAGAAGGAGCUGCUGGAGAAAGGCAACAUCAUCCGGCAGGGCAAGGACCAGCUGGAGCACCAGCAGCUGAAGCAGUUCGAGCGGCUGGAGCAGGAGGUGACGCGCCCCAUCGACAACGACCUGUCCAACUGGAGCCCCCCCCAGCACUACGGCCCGGCACGGGGCAGCGGGGCCCUGUGUCCCGCCGACCGCCAGCUCCUCCUCUUCUACCUGGAGCAGUGUGAGGCCAACCUCACCACGCUCACCAACGCUGUCGACGCCUUCUUCACUGCCGUCAGCACCAACCAACCCCCCAAGAUCUUUGUGGCCCACAGCAAAUUCGUCAUCCUCAGCGCCCACAAGCUCGUCUUCAUUGGGGACACGCUGUCCCGCCAGGCCAAGGCCCAGGAUGUCCAGCACAAGGUGAUGCACUACAGCAACCUUCUCUGUGAGAUGCUCAAGGAGAUCGUGGUGACCACCAAGGCUGCCGCCCUCCACUACCCUUCUCCUGCCGCCUCUAAGGACAUGGUGGAGCGUGUCAAGGACCUUGCCAACAGCACGCAGCAGUUCAGGAUGGUGCUGGGCCAGCUGGCGGCUAUGUGAUGGCCCUGGGCUACUGUCCCCUCCCCACAGCCCCCAGCCCAUCCCCAGACAUGCAUCUCCCUCCACGAGAGCGCCCUCCGCCUGGUGUAAGCGGACAUGUACAUAGAGACUCCCACGCACACCGGGGGCCUGGGGCUCCACUGGUAGAGGGGUGAGGGGCUGCGGCCAUCAUCCCCCUUCCUCUUCUUCCUCCCUCUGGCCAGAGUUGGUUUCAGAAGCAAAGCUGGGAGGUGGAUUCGCGCCUGCUCCCUCCCUGCUGUCCUCUCUCCGUACAAAACCGGCAGCCGUUCCCGGCCAGGAGGCCACGGGGCCACGGCCGCAGUGAAUGGAGACGGGUGCACCGGGCACUGGGGCAAUGCUGUGGCUGUUCAGCUCUGGGGGGGCUCCGGAGCAGUCUCCCACAGCCAGGGGCUUUUAAUGGGGUGGAAGCCCCCCCCUUGCAGUGGGACAGCGGGGCAGGGAGGGGGGGUGCUGCCUCCCCCGGGGCUGUGGAUAAGGGUCCCAGGGGAGCAGGGGAUGAUUUGGGGCAGGAGGAGUCUGACCUGUGCGUUCUCAUGUCUUGGGUUUUGCUACCGUACCAGCUGUAACGGAAACACAAACUGAAAUUGGUGCCUUUUGAACACAGGGGAAGCUUCUGCUGGUUCUGAGAGCUACGGCGUUGCAGUCCCCCAAAACUCAGCCCCCCUGCUCCCCAGCAGCAUAAAGAUUUGCCUAGAAAUCA